AUGCAAUACUUAGACAAUUAUUUGCAAUCCAAAGGUGGAUAUGACUAUACAAAUGUCAAAAGAAAUGAAUUGAUGAAGGCGUAAGGAUUCAAAGAAAUGCCAUUCACAAAAACAGGAACAACAAUAGUUGGAGUGAUAUUUGAAGGUGGCGUAGUUAUGGCAGCAGAUACAAGAGCAACGGCUGGAUCAAUUGUAGCAGACAAAAAUUGUGAGAAAUUACAUCCAUUGGCUCCAAAUAUCUGGGCUGCAGGAGCUGGUACAGCUGCAGAUUUACAUCAUUAAUGUGCUCACUUUAAUGCUAAACUCAAACUUUAGAGACUCAAUUUGAAUAGAUAAAGCAGAGUUAAUGAAGUGAUUACUAAAUUAACAACAAAACUCUUUCCUUAUAGAGGUCACAUUGGAGUUGCUCUUAUCAUUGGUGGAAUUGACUCAAAUGGACCAUAAUUGGCUUCAGUCUCACCUCAUGGAAAUUAUGUUUAUCAUCCAUUUUAAUCUAUGGGUAGUGGAUCUCUUGCAGCUUUAGGAAUUUUAGAGGCCAAAUUUUAGGAUGGUCUUACCAAGUAAUAAGCAAUCGAUCUUGCUAUCGAGGCAAUUGAGGCCGGAAUUUUCCAUGAUAUGGGAUCUGGCAGUAAUGUCGAUGUAGUUGCAAUUACAAAGGAGGGUGUUGAUUAUAGAAGAAAUAUCAGAUAAUAUAAUGCUAAAUCCCAUCAGAAACAAAUACCAUAUCAUUUUCCUGCCAAUAACACACCUGCUUUAAGGAAAUAUGAAUUUAAUUUUGAAAAACAAGAACUAAGAGAAAUCGGAAAGGAGAUGGAGAUUAUUGAGUGAAAUAUUUCAAUAUUAUAUCGUAUUCAAAUGUAAAUUGCUAAUAAAAUUACUUAUUUGAUUGAAA